AUGGGAUAUUUCAAGCCGGUAGGAAGCGUGCCUGAAACGGAGGAGAUUUACGAAGAGAUUUGUGAUGUUAAAGAGUUCGGGUGGAAAACAUGUCCGAAAGUGGACGAUGCAGCUGAAGACCAUGCGUUAGGACGCACGCUCACGAGAGUGGGAAUAUUGGAGGCGAGCUCGAUGAUAAUGAAGCGUGGGACAGCGACCAAGAUAGAGACGCAAUCGCUAUAUUUCUGCGACAGCAGGACCGGGUACUGCGGGCUCAUCCAGAUGUCGAAUAGCGUUGUGUUGGGAGGGUUCCACAAAUCGUUCGAGUUGAACAUCAAGCUAUUCAACGUCGACAAGGGGGACCAACAGCAUCUCGAGGUGUGCAGGAACGUCAAGCUAAAGAAGCCGUCCAUUUUCCAGCCGAUGGAGGUGAGCAACAAGGACAUACGAAGCGUGUUGAAACAGAAAAACGGGGACCAAACCCAGACCCAGACCCAAAAUCAGGACCACGAAAACAACUGCAUCGGAUACCUGGGCGUCGAGGGCCAGGUGGACGACAUCGAAAUCCACUUCGAAGUCAAGAUCGGAAAGGGCUUCAAAGUGAAACCCGAUGGCAGAAGCUUCUACUCGUCCACGCCAAUCGACGGAAGCCCCAACAUCGACCGCUGCGUGCGCCAUGCGUUCGCUCCCAACUGCACUGGAUCCGGAUACAUCUCGGUCGGGUCCCAGCGAAUCGAGUUGCUCGACGUCCCAAUGGUCAUCAUUUCCGCCAUGCAGGGCCUCAAGCCCAACAACGCAGCCAAGGCCUGGAACUUCGCCGCAUUCCUUUCCGCAAAACGCUGCAUCCUAUGCAUGGAAUUCACUACUCCAAAGGAAUAUGGAGAGCAAACCGUAACAAUAACCUCAGACACAGACAAGACUGCCUCACAGCUACGAGUCUACUGCGGCACCGCAAAAAGCCACAACCAUGUCGAACACGCAAACAAAAUACUCGACCCCGAGACAAACAUCAUGUACCCGAACGUCAUCAGGAUCCCAUUGCCGAACGGUGACUACGAGCAAUUCGGGCCCUUGGUCCUAUUCAAAAGGUUCGACGUCUUGCUGGAGGUCCCUGCAGUCUUGCGCAGCAUCGUCGAGAAAGUCGAGGGCGUCAACCCGCAGCUGUACCAGUUCUGCCAGCGGGCAGGUGAAAGUUCUGCCAGUGCCAAUGGCAAUGCCAAUGGCAAUGCCAGUGGCAUUCUCUUGGUUGAAACCAUCUUCAUGACGAAUACCAGAGAGUCAGCGACAAAACCGCUUAUAUAA